GAACAAAUUUGUGGCCGAACACCCGGUGCGGACCCGGGGUUCCCUCCUCGCCAAUCAGCCGCUCUUCAACCUCCCUCUGAGAAUGUGGCUUGUUAAAACCGAGGCACGACCCUGCGCUCCCCGCGCUUGAUGCGUGCCCACUCCUCGCCAAAGGGGGGAAAGGGGAAACUCCUCAGAGCGGAGAAUCGGCACCGACGAAGCCGGGGAGAGGAGGGGGUUUGCACCGGGACCAGCAGUUCCUGCAGGAGCUCUUCGGCAGCUCUCAGCCCUCCCCGUGCUGUUUGUUAGCUGAGACGCGGAGCUGUGAGGUGUUCGGGGCGAAAAGUUGUGCUAGAGUUCUUUCUUUCGACGGCCGCUGGCAACGGAGAGAAGGGCAACAUCUUGCCCCAAAAGACCGACAUUUAAGAAAGAUUUCCCGCUGGAAGAACUGUCUUAACCUUUUCAAGAGCCCCGGGCUGGUCCCUCGUCGGCCAUUUUUUGGCGAAAUGUGUGUGUGUUUGGGUCCCCUCUCUGCAGAGGGGAUUCCCCCCCCCCCCCCAGCGCUGUAAAGAGCCCGGGACACCGAGAAACCCUACCCGGAGUCUGGGGAGACGUUCGCCCACCUGCCGGGGCUCCUCCCGGGGCCGCUCCCCACCGAGAUGUUUGUUUUAGCUUCUGCUCCGUCGUCAAGAGUUCUUUUUUUUUUUUUUUUUUUUUGAAAGCUUAAUAAAUCUGUUACUUGCCUCCAAAUCUAAUUACCCGGAGUACUAAUUAGGUGCAAAUGGCCGGUGGAAAUUACUGCAGACGUGGACUGAUGGCGGUAGAGCAGAAAGUUUGCCUCUUCCCGAGCUGGCAUUUGAGCUCUGAAUUGCAGCAAGCGUAGAGGGGGAAGGGAAAAGGAGGAGGUGGCGGAGAAGGAGAUGGAGUAGGGGGGAGGAAAGGCACCUGGCGGCCCCCCUCACCCGACGGCACCCCCAGGCACCGCCCGGGGCAGGCAGGGCGCUCGGCCGGCUCCCCCUCGCCCGGAUUUCGGCCAACUCUCUUCCCCGCCACAACUUUAGCAUGAUGUCUUAUCUUAAGCAACCACCUUACGCAGUUAAUGGCCUGAGUCUCACAACCUCGGGCAUGGAUUUGUUGCAUCCGUCCGUCGGUUAUCCCGCCACCCCCCGAAAGCAGCGGCGGGAGCGCACGACCUUCACCCGGGCGCAGCUGGAUGUGCUGGAGGCUCUUUUCGCCAAGACCCGCUACCCCGACAUCUUCAUGCGGGAGGAGGUGGCCCUGAAAAUCAACCUGCCCGAGUCCAGAGUGCAGGUGUGGUUUAAAAACCGCCGAGCCAAGUGCCGGCAGCAGCAGCAGCAGCAGCAGAACGGUGGCCAGAACAAGGUACGACCUGCUAAAAAGAAGAAUUCACCAGCCCGGGAAGUGAGCUCGGAGAGUGGGACCAGCGGGCAGUUCACUCCCCCCUCCAGCACCUCGGUCCCCACCAUUUCCAGCAGCAGUGCCCCUGUAUCCAUCUGGAGCCCAGCAUCCAUCUCCCCGCUCUCAGAUCCCCUGUCCACCUCAUCCUCCUGCAUGCAGAGAUCCUAUCCUAUGACCUACACCCAGGCAUCAGGCUACAGCCAAGGAUACGCUGGCUCGACCUCUUAUUUUGGAGGGAUGGACUGUGGAUCUUACUUGACCCCUAUGCACCACCAGCUUCCCGGACCGGGGGCCACCCUGAGUCCCAUGGGUGCAAACGCGGUCACCAGCCACCUCAACCAGUCUCCAGCCUCGCUCUCUACCCAGGGCUAUGGAGCCUCCAGUUUGGGCUUUAACUCCACCACCGAUUGCUUGGAUUAUAAAGACCAAACCGCCUCCUGGAAGUUAAACUUCAAUGCUGACUGCUUGGAUUAUAAGGACCAGACAUCCUCAUGGAAGUUCCAGGUUUUGUGAAGAACCUUUGUGAUAAGGAGUGACAUCGCGACCAGAACGAACAGGCUGGGCUGAGCGCUCUAGUUUUAGUCAGGUCUUGGUUAAAUUAAAAGAGAGGAAGAAAAAAAAAACCCCACAAACUUAACUCAAAGGACAAACGAACGAACGACAACAGCAACGAAAUAUUAAACCGACAGCAACAAGAGGGGGGACAGUGUUGGUGUGAUGCUGUUCAGACUCAUCUCCUGCUCAGACACUCUGGAAAAGGAAUAAUAAAGAGGAAAAAAAAACCCAACAAAACCCGACCAACAAAACAACUAAGAGAAGGAAGGCCUUAAACGGACAGAUCAUCUAGCGAGCAGAAAACAGACAGACCCAUCUGCGUUCUUUCUAGUUUUAGGCAAAUCGUUGGGGGUUUUCUUUGUUUGGAAGAUGUGGGAGAUCGUCCCACUUAAUGGGCCAGUUCUAAAAACAAGAACAAAAACAAAAACAAAACAAAAACCAAACCCACAACCCAACAAAAUCAAAAUCACCAAACAAAAAAACCAACAACAACGAAAGAGAAAAACGAACGGAAAAAAAAAAAACCCAACGAAAAAAAAAAAGUUUAAAAAAAAAAGUCUAGGUUUUUAUUUCUUUUUUUUUUUCCCCCGUGUGUGUGUGUGUGUGUGUGUGUGCGUGGAAAGUUCCUUCACCCAGAGGUUUCCAGCGUGUUGGCCAACCCUCCGUUAAAAUGUUCGGAAUGGACAACAUCUCUCUCUCUCUCUUUUUUUUUCUCCUUCUUUUUCUCCCUUUCUCUUUGUUUCUCUCUCUCUCUCUUGCUCUUGAGCUCAUCCAACUGUUUCAUGCCCAACUUGCCCAAGUUGGCACCCCGGAGAACUUGGUUCAGGGCUGCGUGGGUUGUGUGACUGAUUGUCCUAGCUGCACUACUUUAUUUAAAGAUAAGAGAACAAAAGAAAAAAAAAUAAAGAAAAAGAAAAAAAAAAAAGAAGAAAAAAAAAUAAUGUUGAUAAGGAGUCAAUAUUGUAGUUUUCAAGAGACAAUCAGUGUGUGUCUUAUAUAAAUGGUACAUCUGUGGUUUUUAAUCUGUGCUAGACUUCAAAACUGUGAUCUCCUGUAUUGUAUGCAACUUAUGAACUCCGGCGCCGGCAGGAGUUCGGCUGUGAUUUUAAAUAGGUUAUAAUUAUAAGUGAAAUUCAGAGCGACUGAGUUAACUAUUAUCAUCCUUUUCCUUUCUUUUUUUUUUUUGUUUUGUUUUGUAUUAUUAUUAUUUUUUAAAA